UGUCAAAGCAAAACUCAUCAUCUUUUCUUUCUUCUUCUUCACCAAUCAAAAUGGCUUCUUUGUCUUCAAUGCAGAUGGUUCACACUUCUCAGGUUCUCAACUUUCCUUAAAGUCUUUUUACAUUUUCGACAAGAAUCAUGUCUUGUUGUUUGGGUUGUCUCUUGUAGAUUGUUGUUAAGUCACAGCUCGUUUCAGCAAACCGAACAUACCAAUCAGUUUGUGUCGGAGCUCGUUCCUCUAGUUCUGCAUUGUCUUCAAAACUACACUAUGCAGCAAGUUUCCCUCUCAGGAAAUUCUCCGGAGCUUAUGCAACCAUCAAGAACCAAAGAACAGUUUGUGUUAAAUCAAUGGCUGCUGAGGAAGAAGAAGUGAUAGAACCUCAGGCUAAAGUGACAAACAAGGUUUACUUUGAUGUUGAGAUUGGUGGUGAAGUCGCUGGAAGGAUUGUGAUGGGUCUUUUUGGUGAAGUUGUGCCUAAAACCGUUGAGAACUUCCGUGUCUUGUGUACUGGUGAGAAGAAGUAUGGUUACAAAGGUUCUUCCUUCCAUCGUAUCAUCAAGGAUUUUAUGAUCCAAGGAGGUGACUUCACCGAGGGAAAUGGUACUGGAGGUAUUAGUAUCUAUGGUAAAAACUUUGAAGAUGAAAACUUCACCUUGAAGCAUACUGGACCUGGAAUCUUGAGUAUGGCAAACGCUGGUCCUAAUACUAAUGGAAGCCAGUUCUUCAUUUGCACUGUCAAGACUCCAUGGUUAGAUAACAAGCAUGUUGUGUUUGGACAAGUCAUUGAAGGUAUGAAGCUUGUGAGGACACUUGAAGCUCAGGAGACACGCGCUUUUGAUGUUCCCAAGAAAGGGUGCAGAAUCUAUGCCUGUGGAGAGCUCCCACUUGAAGGUUGAUAACAUUCAUCAAGACCAGUCCAUUGUCAUUGCCAUCUUUGUUUUGUUAUUAUGAGAGUUUGAAGUUGGUCUUAUGUUUCUUUUAUUUAUGAUUACAUGAGUUAAAAGUACAAUGAAAGGUUCUUUUAAUCAAAUGUAAGAGUCUUAUUAUGAGUAUCUCUUUUAAGCUUGAACCAUGGUUUCAACCGCCACUUGCUGAACAAUUGUCUCCACCUUCUUCUCAUCUUUGUUGUCUUCCCAUAGAUCAGGUAUAGCUUCCUUAAUAUUGUGAAUGCUGCUUAGUGCAUAGUCUGCACCUGGAACUAUCACUGAAUCACCAACGAACACUGUUUUGAGACCUGCUGCUUUAGCACUAGCGAUGUUACGAACACUG